AUGAGCUCUGUAAAUCCACAAGGAUUAUAUAAUGUUUUGGUAUACUUGAAGCAAACAUAUAAAAACCCUAAGAUUUACAUUACUGAAAAUGGUAUUGCUUCAGGAAACAUUACACAGGCAUUGAAAGACAAGCAUCGCAUGGAUUAUAUUGCAUCACAUAUAAAUUAUAUGAAAAAAGCACUUGAUGACGGAGUGAAUGUUAAAGGAUUCUUUGUGUGGUCUGCAUUUGAUACAUUUGAAUUUCAUCAAGGGUUUUCUGAUAAAUGGGGGCUCAUAUAUAUUGAUUUUGCUGAUAAUCUGAAACGUGUGCCAAAACAAUCUGCUAGAUGGUACAGAUGGUUUCUCACAAGAAGUUGA